AUGAAAGUGUUUAUCGCAGUAGCCGCCCUUCUGGCCGUGGGCAUGGCCGCCCCGGCACCGGCCGAGCAGGGCUCCAGCCCGAGCGGCGGAGCGUUCAACAUGAUGGCCAAGUACUUCGGCUCCUGCCUGGACAGUGACGAGAUGGGAACCUGCUUCGCCGUCAAGGGCAUUACGGCGCUGAACCGUGCCGCCCGCGCCGCCAACAUCGAGCUCGCCCCGGGUGUCACUUUCGCAAGAGACCCGGCGGUCCCGACCGAGCGCACCGGAAAGGCCAUCUCGGAGAACGAAAUCAUCAGCACGCUGCCGGCCGACGCCGACCAGAAGAGCGACGCCCUGUUCGAUCUGGCCAUCGAUUCCGCCAAGCGCCUGUUCAGCGCCCGCUCCAUCACGUUCAAGCUGCCGGAGGAGACGACCGAGAACAUCGCCCGCUCGCUGGAGGAAGGUAGACUGCUGAAGAAAGGCAAGAAGCUGAAGAAGGUCCUCGGCCCGCUGGUGCUCGCCCUCGGCGGCAAGCUGUUCGCGCUGCUGCCCCUGUUCCUCGGUGCCGUCGCCCUGCUCGCCGUCAAGGCCCUGCUCGUCUCGAAGGUCGCGUUCGUGAUGGCCGCCGUGCUGGCCGCGCAGAAGUUCCUUGGCGGAGGCGCCGGUGGUUCUCCGCUGAACCUGCUCUCAAAGGUCGCCGGAGGUGGCUCGGGAGGUGCCGUCGUCGGUGGCGGAGCCUCGGCCGGUGCUGGCGGAUGGUCGUCCGGUGCUAGCGCCGGCGGCUGGUCGAACGGCGGUGCCGCCUCGGCCCAGUACCCGUACGCCCGCAGCUACGACACCGCCCAGGAGCUCGCCUACAGCGCUCAGGCCCCGUCGCAGUAA